AUGGCUCGGCACGAGCGGUGGGACAGCGGCUGGUCCGGCUGGACCGGAAACUGGUGGGGUGAGACAGGUGAAGCCUCGGACACCAGCUGGUCCCAAGUUCAGCUCAAGCGAUGGGGCCACGAUGAAGGCGAGUCAUGGCACCAAAGACAACAGCGCCACUUUGAAGGUUGGGGGCAUUGCUCAGAGCAAGGUGCUUGGCACGAGCACCGCAGCGGAAGGUGGUUGCCAAUGCUGCCGAUCCUACCAAGACCAGAUGGCAGAUCCCAUGAGGCGGUCCUAAGCUCCCUCCGCGGGUUGCAGUGGCGGCGCUCACUCCAGGUGCUACGCCAGCUGGGCCCCGCAAGCCUGCAGCCCGUGCUUAUCUUGAACCAGACCUCUGGAACUGAAGCAGAAUGCCGCGAUCAGCACGUGUGA